UCAAAGCAAAGGAAGCUCGCAGCCGUCGCAAUGGGAGGCUAGGGUGGUAGGUUGCCGGCCAAGCUGCGCCGGGCUGCCGAGGCGAAGCUGCAUUUGCUUGGUGUCUCCCAGCAAGCUGCAAUCAUCUGGCUGACCCUCUCCGUAGCUUCACCCGAUGGAGAAUCUCCCCAUGGAGCGGAACCCGGCGGACGGCCUCUUCGACGAGCUCAUCUUCGAGAUCCUCCGCCGCCUCCCCAUCCGCUCCCUGUGCCGAUGCAAGUGCGUCUGCCGGUCCUGGCGCGGACUCAUCGCCGAGCACGAGCACCGCAAGAGGCUGCCGCAGACGCUAUCCGGCUUCUUCUACAGAAGCAUGAACCGCGAGCGCUGCCCUGUAUCCGCGUACCACUUCACCAACGUCACCGGGAGAGGCGCUCCUCUCAUCUACCCGUCCUUCUCCUUCCUGCCGCCGUGCGCCGGUCUCACCGUCUUGGACUGCUGCAAUGGCCUCUUCCUCUGCCGCUGCGACGUGUCUCUUGAGACUAUGCGGUUCAACUAUGCCGUGUGCAAUCCUGCGACCAAGGAAUGGGUGAUGCUGCCGGAGUCCAGCUGCGAUGUUUUUGAGACCCGCAUAGCCAGCGUGUGUUUCGAUCCAGCCAUCUCCUCGCAUUUCCAUGUGGUCGGGUACGUGGAGGAUGAAGAUGAAUACGUCAGACGGCUGGAGAUCUAUUCAUCCAAAGCUGGAUCAUGGAGUCUCCAUGAAAGUGGAUGGGAUGAUUUGGUUUAUUUGGAUCCUUCAAUCGAUCGGAGGAGUGUUUUCCUUAAUGGUUUUCUGCACUCUGUCACGUCUGCUGAUAUUGUGGCGGUUGACAUGGAGGCUAAGAAAUGGAGGAGAAUUCCUUUGCCGGAUGUUGGUGGUGACACUGGCGUAAUUCAUAAAAGUCAAGGUCGCCUAUGUGCUUUUAUUCACCUACUUGAGACCUUCAAACUGUCAGUUUGGGUUCUUGAGGACUAUGGUACAGAUAAUUGGAUCUUCAGGCAUACCAUUAGUCCAUUGAGCCUCUUUGGAGGAAUGAAUUAUAGGCUAGAUGUAAAAUAUCAUGUCGUUGCUGCUCAUCCAGACUGCAAUUUGAUCUUCUUCGUUUAUGGAUCGAACAAUAUUUUGAUGUCAUAUCAAAUGGAUAGCAAGAAACUGCGUGUUAUACGCAUGCUCGGGCAUGAUUUGUACUGGCCAUAUCUGCCGUAUGUUCCAUUAUUCUCUGAGCUGUUAACUAAUGGGCACUAAUGGCUAACAUGCAGAGGUGCAGCUCCACUUCUGUUAUUGCAAAAUUGUCUUCUCGCCCUAAGGAGAACCAGGUUUGCAGUGGGGCAGGCAAUCUGAUCUCUAACAAGAAUUAUGAAGUUCUGUUUUAUUGUAGUCGGAUGAAGCCUCUUUCUUUGUGUUGUUCUCAAGAAUGUUAUUAAUCAUAGAUGGUACGUGAAUUACCAUCUUAGAGUGGGCCUUUUAGAAUGUAUUUUCUGUUGUUCUGAAGCUUAAUGUCUUGUUUUAUUGUACUGUGCUAGUUAAGCUUGAUGUCAUGUGUACCAGUCCAGUAGAAUCAGUUUGGAGAACCAUGACUACUAUUCUGGAAGUUGGAACAUA